GCAGUUCCUCCGGGGACGACCGAGAGUUCGGUUCCGGCGUGCGUCUCUAUGGUUUCGACAGCCUAGAACGACCGAAACGGCACUUCCGGGAAGAUGGCGGCGCACAGAUCACGUCUGGCGCAUGUUUCUGCGGAGAGGACCUUACACUAACGGGAAGAUAGUGACCCCUUCUCUUCUCUGGUGAGGGCCUGAGGACAGUGACUCUUUUCUCACCAUGAGCGUCACCCCAGAGGUCAAGAGUCGUGGGAUGAAGUUUGCUGAGGAGCAGCUGCUAAAGCAUGGAUGGACUCGAGGCAAAGGCCUGGGCCGGAAGGAGAAUGGCAUCACCCAGGCCCUCAGGGUAACGCUGAAGCAGGACACUCAUGGGGUGGGACACGACCCUGCCGAAGAGUUCACAAACCACUGGUGGAAUGAUCUCUUCAACAAGACUGCGGCCAGCUUGGUAGUGAAAACUGGGCAGGAUGGUGUACAGAUAAGGUGCCUGUCUAAGGAGACCACCCGUCAUGAUCCUUCCAAGCCCAACUUGCUGUAUCAGAAGUUUGUGAAGACGGCCACACUGACUUCAAGUGGGGAGAAGCCAGACAAGGACUUGGAAAGCUGCAGUGAUGACGACAGCCAGGGGUCCAAGCCUCCAAAGAUUCUGACUGAUGAGAUGAUGCUCCAAGCCUGUGAGGGGCGAACAGCACACAAGGCUGCCCGUCUUGGGAUCACGAUGAAGGCUAAGCUUGCUCGGUUAGAGGCCCAGGAGCAGGCCUUCCUGGCUCGUCUCAAAGGCCAGGACCCUGGGGUCCCUCAACUGCAGUCUGAGAGCAAGCCCCCACAAAAAAAGAAAAAGAAAAGGAAGCAGGAAGAGGAGGAAGAGGCCACGGCAACUGAAAGGAAUGCAGAAGAGUACCCAGAACACACUGACCAGAGUGUCAGGAAAAGCAAGAAGAAGAAAAGGCGGCAUCAAGAAGAAAGUGUCACAGAUGCGAGAGAGGGAACAGCUGUAAGGCGUGAGGAGGAAGAGACCACAGGAACAAGUGGGCUUGGGGAAUUGAAAAACAGAGAACAAACUGAUCAGUCCCUCAGGAAAAGGAAGAAGAAGAGGAGGCAGCGUGAGGAAGAAGACUUGAACAUGGAGGAGGCUGUUGUAGAUGGUGGGACCAGAGAAGCAGAAAGCAGAUCAUGCAGUGAUCGGAAAAGUAGGAGAAGCAAGAAGAAAAGACAGCGGCAUCAGGAGGAGGAGGACGUCUUGCAUGUAGGGGAUGAAGGAGAGGAGGAAGGUGGCAGGGCUAGGACAGCAGAGAGCAAGGCAUACACGGGCUCAAGUGGCAAAGGUAAGAAGAGGCAGAAGCAAUCAGAGGAGGAAAGACCUGGAGUCCACACUGACCAGAGAGCAAAAAAGAAGAAACAGAAGAAGAGAAACUGAAGGCCAGGUCAAGAUGCAGCCCGAUCGAUUCCUCUUCAGGAGCUGAAGCCUCAGGGACCUGAGUUGGUGCAGGUCUUGCAGGUCUUGUGUACCCUCUCAGUGAGGAGUCCCUCCCAAGGAGGAAACAGCUCUGGAACAGUAGUCCGCUGAGAGGAGAGCGGUAGUGCCGUGUCUGACUUGAGGGAGCAGGCACAUUCCCCCUUACAGCAUCUAACCCAGAGAGGCUGAACUCAAGCACCUGCAAGGCCCGGGCAGCUAAGGGACAAGGAUGCUGGGGGCUAUGGGAACGGGAAUGCAGACAGCCUCUGAAGGGGCAUCUUGGCUAAAAGAAGUUGAAAAUGUAGACCUAUGGAAAAUGUACUGAUUUUUUAAUUUUGUGAAGGCUAAGAAAGACAUGCAAAUUCAGCCCAUAGGUUGCCAGUUUCUAACUAUACCAAAUUGAAUAAACAUCAGCUUGGUCUCCAAGCCUAUA